UGUUCAAGAUAAUUCAAAUGUGCUCAACAAAAUGUUUCCUGAUGCCUGGCCUCAGCAAACGAAUACAUCAGCCGACCCAGCAACAGCAAGCCGAGCAGCGACAACAAUUGAGAGCAGUGAUAAAUUGAUUAACAAAAAUGUUGUACAACUAAACAUUUGGCUACAAUUGUAUGAAAAUUUAUGCAAAUCAAAGCCGAGCGAUGACUGUGUGGCAAGAAGCAACAAUCAAAGGCCACCACCAGAAGCAGCAGCCGCAGCAGCAGCAGCAGCAAGAAGCAGGAAAUACCAACAGCAGCAACACAAGCAACACCAUCGUGGUUGGCACACAAGCCGCAACGCGUCAUUGCAAUUUGCAUUUAAUUGUUGUGAUUAUCUUGGCCUGCUGCACACGCUGGCUCUAUGGCUUACCCGAUGGUCGUGCCACCUGCCGUUCAGUGCCUGGUCUCACCAAGGAUCAAGUGGAGCUCUGCUACAAGGCGAGUGAUGUGACAGCAGCAGCACUCGAAGGACUCGAUAUGGCCAUACGUGAAUGUCAAAUACAGUUUCAAUGGCAUCGCUGGAACUGCUCAUCGCUGAGCACGAAGAGCCGCAAUCCGCAUGCCUCCAAUCUGCUGAAGAAAGGCUACAGGGAGAGUGCGUUUGCUUUUGCCAUUUCGGCUGCCGGGGUGGCCCACAGCGUGGCGAGGGCCUGCAGUCAAGGCCGUUUGAUGUCCUGCGGCUGUGAUCCGACCAUCAAUCGGAAGACCCUCAACAAGAACCUCCGCCAGUCGCUGGACAAGGAGAAGAAGCAAUUCUUGCAGUACUUGGAGACCAACCAGAUUCUAACACCCGAGGAGGAGAAGAAGUACGAACGCUCGAAGAUCGCCAGCCGCUGGAAGUGGGGCGGCUGCUCCCACAACAUGGACUUUGGUGUCGAGUACUCCAAGCUCUUUCUCGACUGCCGCGAGAAGGCGGGCGACAUCCAGUCAAAGAUCAAUCUGCACAACAAUCAUGCAGGCAGAGUGGCCGUUUCGAACAACAUGGAGUUCCGCUGCAAGUGCCACGGCAUGUCCGGCAGCUGUCAGCUGAAGACCUGCUGGAAGUCCGCCCCCGACUUCCAUGUUGUCGGCAAGGUGCUGAAGCAUCAGUUCCGUAAGGCCAUACUCGUGGAUCAGUCGAAUCUGGGGAAUGGCGAGCCCGUCGUUGUGCUGAAGCGUUCCCGCAACAAAAAGUCAAACAGUGGCAGCAGCUCCGGCUCCUCGUCCUCCGACAUGGAUGCCGUCGAUGCGUCUGGCACGCUCGAUGGCCCGGCGGGCGAUCACGGGACGAGGCGGCACGAUGAUCUCGGCUCGGUGCGUGGCACGCGUCAGCCAAACUCUGAUAAAAAUGCGGCACGAAUGGCACGCAAGCUGGAGACAUCCCUGUUCUACUAUCAGCGCUCGCCCAACUUUUGCGAGCGGGAUCUGGGAGCAGAUAUACAGGGCACAGUGGGUCGCAAAUGCAAUCGAAAUACAACAACCAGCGAUGGGUGCGCCUCCCUCUGCUGUGGGCGUGGCCACAGCCAAAUCAUCGAGCGACGUGCCGAGCGUUGCCACUGUAAAUUUCAAUGGUGCUGUAGCGUGGAGUGCGAGGAGUGCCACGUGGAGGAGUGGAUUAGUAUAUGCAAUUGAGAAGGACAACCGAUCGCCCCAGCGAUCACAUAAGAAAAGACUUUUCUUCAAUCUAAACAAAACAAAACUUAACACGAAUCAGUAUUAAACAAUAA